AUGACCUCAGCCAACACGUGUCCAUCUGAGAGCCUGUCCGCUUGCUUCCCAUACGCACCCAGAGGAGGUCCGGACCUGGCAGGAAGAGCUGGUGGAUUCGGCUGUACCGUCCAGGAAGACCACCAGCUCAAAGUCCUGCUGGGGGAGGGUGUCGGCGGACAGCUCGUAGAACGGACUGGACUUAUUGAUCAUGUGGUAGAGGGUCAGAGGACACACAAAGAACAAGUUGUCCUUGCCAGCGUCAACCAUGAAGUCAACGUCCACCUGAUCCAGGAUGAUGGUCCCACCAUCCGGAGUGGCUGUGGUCCUCAGCAGCUUCCCAUAGAUCUGACUUCCAAUCAACAAGGUCUUUCGGAGAUGACUGCUGUCCUGCUGAAGCUGACAGUCUUUGCCCUCUUUUUGGGUAAGGAGAUCUUGGCUAGGAUGACCCCACACAUGAAGCAGUUGAUGAAGACUCCCACCAGAGACUGGACGAUGAUCAGAGCCACUGUUCCCGCACAGUGGCCCGUCAGGGCCCGCCCACCGUACCCAAUGGUGGUCUGGGUCUCUAGGGAGUACAGGAAUGCCGUAAUCCCCGUUGGUCUUUGCGAUCCAGUACCAGAGCAGGCUGAAGAGGAACCAGCUGCCCGUGAAGGCGGCCACAAACAGCAGGAGGACGAAGCGCCAGCGGAUCUCCACAAAGGUGGUCCAGAAGUCCACCAGGAAGGCAAAGUGGUUGCUGUACUCUAUGUUGCCGAACUCAAUGUUGCAGUGGCCAUCCUUGGUGACCAGGCGGGUCUUGCGGCCUCGGUGUCCAGCGGGCUGGUGCUGACCCGGGAGCAGCUGGAACAUUGUGAAGCUGAGAGAGGAGACAGGAUUACAGACCGGGCUCAUUGGCUGGCAAGCAGGGAGAGACCUGGAAAGCUCUCAGUGGGGGUGACCCCCUCCUUCAUAGAGCAGCCAGCGGGUUCAGCAGCUGAAUUCCUGCGGGUCCUCACACUGGAGGUGUCUGACCGGCCGGAGGGGGAGGGGGGGGGGGGCGGGGGUGAAUGCCAGCAGGGCUUUUUCAGGCAGAAGCAUGGGCUCCUGACUCAGAAUCCUCCGGAAACUGAAGCCGCUCAGGUCCAGCGUCUGGAAGUUCCCGUCCAGGAUGAGCUCGGCCACGGCCCGGCCCACGGCGGGGGCGUGCUGCAGGCCGUGGCCGCUGAAGCCCGUGGCAAAGUACAUGUUGUUGACGGCAGGGUGCAUGCCGAUGAUGGCGUUCUGGUCAAAGGUGAGCAGGAUGAGCAGUCCAGAACGGACGGACAGAAAAACUGGGCUCAGCUCAGAGAUGCUCUGGGGCCUGGACCCAGAGACACAUCUACUGAAGCACACAGAGCAGGUGACCGCAGCUGUCCAACCCCCGCCUCACAACGUUUCCCCCUGAGGAGCAGGCUGAACGGGACAGUCUGA